UUAUAUAAAUAAUACUCUUUCCCCACCGAUCCAAAGCAUAAAGUAGAUCAAAGGUCCCUUCCAUCAAGAAAAAAAAGAGAGAGAAUCCACAACUUCCCUCUCUUUCUCUCAAAAACUAAAAAUGGAACUGGCUCCUCGCUCCUUCUAUGGUUCUUGGAAGAGAUGCUGGAGAAGAAAGCGAUACCAGCGAUUCGACGGUGCGAUCACAGCCCGGAAGAACAUUAAGGUGACGAGAUUCGGAGGUAGCCCACGAAGGGUAUGGAAGAUCAAAGCAGUGCCCAAGCUAAGAAUUUUGAAGAGCAUUGCUUCACCAUUGAAGCUAAUGAGCAAGCUCAAGAACGCUUAUAUUAACAUGAUGCUUGGUAUGGCUGGAAACGUGGACGGAACAAAUGUUUUUGGAAACAGAAGGGUUCCAAGAGGCAGGCAAGUUAAAGCUCCUAAUUACCCGAGUGAAGCGUUUGAGAAGAGGUUGGUUUAUGAGAUUUAUAAGAACCUGCUAGCAACUCGAGAAUUAUCCACCGUGAAGAUCAGUAAUUAAUCAUAAGUGGAUAUAUACAUUUCCUCAAGGUAUUUGUAUUUCCUAGCUUAAUCCCAAGGAAAUUAAUCGUAAAAUUGGGAUGUUUAUUUGAGAUUCUUCUUUGUUUUAAUUUUAUUUAAUCUCAAUUAGGAUGUGUACAUUGAGAAAUUAAAGGUUUUAUUAAUGUCAUAUCUUUAGUAGA